GGGAAGCUCUCAGAGGCUAUCGAGUCCAGUGAGGGUCCGGCCGACCUCGCUCCGUGUGAGGUAUGGGCUUGAGGCGAUUUGCACUUGACAGCAGGACACCGAGGGUGUGACGAGCAGAUCUAACUUCAAGUCAGCUUUCAUUCAGUUCUCCUCUUAAGGUGGACGACACACUGCCACAUUCUGAAAACAAAACACUACAGAACUGGUGACCAGGCUAAGUCAUUUUUCUUCUUCUCCCUUAAAGAAAACAAGGACUCUUGAGUAUGGCACUGUAUGGAUCAGACCUGGGAGCCAACCGUGGCGGUGGUCCCAGAGAGUGGGGUGUGCAUGUGCAGCCCGCGCUCCUUGCCUCCUUUUUAUUCCUCAUCUUUCUGGAAGCUUGCUUAUGGGUACGGAACCUCAGGCAGAACAGACGUCUCCCGGGCCCCUUCGCCUGGCCUGUGGUGGGCAAUGCCAUGCAACUGGGGAGCCUGCCCCACUUAACUUUCUCCAGGCUGGCUAAAAAAUAUGGCAACGUAUUCCAGUUGAGGCUGGGCAGCAGUGAAGUGGUGGUCCUUAACGGAGAUGCCAUCAUCAGGCAAGCUCUCAUUAGGUAUGGGGCAGAGUUUGCCGGAAGACCCAAUUUCACCUCUUUCCAGUUGGUCUCGGGUGGUAAGAGCAUGGUCUUUGGGAGCUACAAUACGGUAUGGAAGAAGCAUCGGCGCAUCGCUCUCUCGUCCAUCCGAACGUUCUCUACUGCAAACAGCCAGACCAAGAAACGUUUUGAGGCGCACGUCAUGGAAGAGGCUUUGGAGCUGAUCCAGACCUUCAUCCACCAGACCAGAAAACAUGGCUACUUUGAGCCAACCCACGAGUUAACUGUGGCCGCUGCCAACGUCAUCUGCGCACUAUGCUUUGGAAAGCGCUACUGUCACGAAGACAUGGAGUUCAAAGCCCUCUUGGGCAAAGUCAACAGGUUUGGUGAGACGGUCAGUGCCGGAAGCUUAGUGGACACCAUGCCUUGGCUGCAGGCCUUCCCCAACCCCAUCCGCAGAAUUUACAAGGACUUCAAGGAUUUAAACCGCGAGUUCUUUGAGUUUGUCAAAGAUAAGAUCAUUCAGCAUCGGCAAACUUUCAACCCCGAGGUCACACGAGACAUGAGCGAUGCGAUUAUCAGCGUGAUAGAGCAUGGCACGAGAGUUGAGGACGGCCUUACGAAGGAACACGUCGAAGGCACCGUCAACGAUCUCCUCGGGGCCGGACAGGACACCAUUUCUGCUUCUCUGCAUUGGAUCCUUCUGCUUUUGAUCAAGUACCCCCACAUCCAAGUAAAGCUGCAACGUUUGAUCGACGCCGAGGUGGGCAGGGACAGGCUGCCCACCUUCGAGGACAAGAGCAAACUGGCCUACCUGGAAGCAUUCAUAUUUGAGACCAUGCGCUUCACCAGCUUUGUGCCCGUGACCAUCCCUCACUGCACCACCUGCGAUGUCAUGAUAGACGGCCUGCACAUCCCCAAGGACACGGUCGUGUUUAUAAACCAGUGGUCGGUGAAUCACGACGAGAGCAAAUGGAAGAACCCUGAAGUCUUCGACCCCAGUAGGUUCUUGGAUGACAAAGGGGCCAUUGAUCGGGACCUCACCAACAGUGUGAUGAUCUUUUCCAUUGGAAAGCGGAGAUGCAUCGGGGACCAGAUUGCUAAGUUGCAGGUCUUCCUCUUCACUGCCAUCCUCCUGCACCAGUGCACUUUUGAAGCCAACCCAGCAGAUAAGCUCACUCUGGACUGCACCUACUCCCUGACCCUGAGGCCCCUUCACUUCACCAUAUGUGUCAAGCCACGGGAGGACUGUAAAGAUAAAGUGAGUACCCGGUCCUAAAUCCAAAAGGACCCAAUCGGGCACUUUGACGGGUUAGAGCAACCAAUCCGGAAUCACGGAUAUGCGAGACAAAUUCUGCCAAAAAUGGCUAUUUUGUGUCCACCGUGGGGAGGCUGCUCUGCACUGCAACCCAAUGUGAUAGGUUAGUGGAAAUGCUUAUGUGAUAUAAAUUAUAAGUGUUUUGGGGAAGGAAGUCGUUCAAUAGAACACUAUAUAGAUUUUUGUAUCUGUCAUUCUGUUUAACUUUUAAAUGCACUAUUACAAUUAAUCAGUUCCUUUUAAUUGAAGACUAGCUGUGCUCACCAUCUUAAGAUGGGCUGAAAUCUAAAUAAUCAACAUCGACCUCAGCAUUAAUGUCUGCAGUACACCAUCUACUGGAAUGUGUUUUGUAAUGCAUGUUGUAAUAACUUGCAUUGCAGUUGUCAUUCCAACAGAUGGUGCACAAGCCUGUGUACUAAUAUGACACAUGCAAUGCAUUUUGAAAGGCAUCUGCUGGGAUGACAGAGACAUAGCAACCAGACAGUCUCACGGACAGACAAGACUCUUAUCCUUUUAUUAAGGGGGAUGUAAACGAGACCGAGAAAAUAUGCUAUUUUAUAUUUCUUAAGGUAUGUGUCAUUUUUGUUACUCGAUUUCAUGGCAAAAUAAAAAAAAAAUUAUCUA